GAGAGCACUUCCUCAUAGACGUUGGACGUGGGAGGUCUGCUUUCAGUCUGGUUCCUGGUUGCUGGCUGAAAUAACCUGACUGAGAGCAUCACCCGCUGAAUGUGGACUUGCAGAAUUCUACAGAAGAGAGGAGACUGGCCCAGACAGCCAGCCCCAGGAGCUGAGGGCCCAAUGGGCUUUCUACCCUGGAUGCUGCUCCCAUGCCGACACGAUGCCCACUACAAUGCUCUCCAAAAUGUCCACCAAGGCGACUUAAGUCAGGUUCCCCCAAACCAGACACCAAGACAAGAAUCCAUGUGUGAGAAACUGAAGGAAGUGCUGGGAGAGCCCCAGCUGCAGCCUGGAUGUGAAUUGCAACUCUGAAGUGCGUCCAGACGCAAGGCAAGGGCACUAGGCUUUCCAGACCUCCUACUAAGUCAUUGAUCCAGCACUGCCCUGGCAGGACAUAAAUCCCUGGCACUUCUAGCUCUCUGCAAAGAAGGGCAAAGCAGCUUCAGGAGCCCCUGGGAGUGCUCCAAAGAGAGUCUAGGGUACAGGUCCUAAAGUAGAAGAACAUAGAAGGCCGGCCAGGGGCACUGCGAGAUGGUAAAAGAGAUCUGAAGGGAUCCAGAAUUCAAGCCAGGAAGAAGCAGCAUUCUGUCUUUUGGAUUAAAACUGAAGCUCAACCUACUUUCAGCUUACUAAGAAAGGGGAUCAUGGACAUUGAAGCAUAUCUUGAAAGAAUUGGCUAUAAGAAGUCCAGGAACAAAUUAGACUUGGAAACAUUAACAGACAUUCUUCAGCACCAGAUCCGAGCUGUUCCCUUUGAGAACCUUAACAUCCACUGUGGGGAAGCCAUGGACUUAGACUUAGAGGCCAUUUUUGAUCAAGUCGUGAGAAGAAAUCGGGGUGGGUGGUGUCUCCAGGUCAAUCAUCUUCUGUACUGGGCUCUGACCACUAUAGGUUUUGAGACCACGAUGUUGGGAGGGUAUGUUUACAGCACUCCAGCCAAAAAGUACAGCACUGGCAUGAUUCACCUUCUCCUGCAGGUGACCAUUGAUGGCAGGAACUACAUUGUCGACGCUGGGUUUGGACGCUCAUACCAGAUGUGGCAGCCUCUGGAGUUAAUUUCUGGGAAGGAUCAACCUCAAGUGCCUUGCAUCUUCCGCUUGACGGAAGAGAAUGGAUUCUGGUAUCUAGACCAAAUCAGAAGAGACCAGUACAUUCCAAAUGAAGAAUUUCUUAAUUCGGAUCUCCUAGAAGACAGCAAAUACCGAAAAAUCUACUCCUUUACUCUCGAGCCUCGAACAAUCGAAGAUUUUGAGUCUAUGAAUACAUACCUGCAGACAUCUUCAGCAUCUGUGUUUACUAGCAAAUCAUUUUGUUCCUUGCAGACCCCAGAUGGGGUUCACUGUUUAGUGGGCUGCACCCUCACCUAUAGGAGAUUCAAUUACAAGGACAAUACAGAUCUGAUAGAGUUCAAGACUCUGAAUGAGGAAGAAAUAGAAAAAGUGCUGAAAAAUAUAUUUAAUAUUUCCUUGGAGAGAAAGCUUGUGCCCAAACAUGGUGACAGAUUUUUUACUAUUUAGAAUAAGGAGUAGGCUGGGCGCGGUGGCUCACGCCUGUAAUCCCAGCACUUUGGGAGGCCGAGGUGGGUGGAUCACAAGGUUAAGAGAUCGAGACCAUCCUGGCUAACAUGGUGAAACCCCAUCUCUAUUAA